AUGUCUCAAACAAACAACAACUUCCUCCUCAGCGAGGUAUUCAAUGUCAAGGGCAAGGUUGCUCUUAUCACCGGUGGAGGAAGUGGCAUUGGCCUAAUGGCUACGCAAGCACUUGCCGUCAACGGUACCAAGGUCUACAUCGUUGGACGCACAGAGGAGAAGCUUCAGAACGUUGUCAAGACCCAUGGGCAAGGAAUCGCUGGCGAAAUUAUCCCCAUCACGGCAGACAUCACAUCGAAGAGCGAGAUUGCCAAGCUGGUCAAGGAGAUUGAGUCGCGGGAGAAAUGCCUUUGCAUCCUAAUAAACAACGCAGGAAUUGCAGGGAACACACAACAAACGGAGGCGAAGACAGCUGCGGAGAUGAAGAAGAACUUGUUUGAUGACGAAUCCUCUACAAUGGAUGACUGGGUCAAUACAUACCGGACCAAUGUUCCUCAACUCUUUUUCAUGACUAUGGCUUUCUUGCCCAUGCUUCAAAAGGCAUCUGAGCACCAAUACGGCUACUCUGGCACCGUCAUCAACAUCUCGUCCAUCUCAGGCAUCAUCCAAUCAUCCCAACACCAUUUUGGAUACAACGCUAGCAAAGCUGCUGCCAUACACCUUACAAAGAUGCUUGCCUCUGAGAUCGCGAACAAUAAUAUCAAGAUUAGAGUCAACAGCAUCGCACCAGGAGUGUUCCCAUCGGAGAUGACUGCAGGAGAGAGCGGAUCAGAUCAGAAGAGCCAUAUUGAGAAGGAGAAGUACGAGAAAGUUCCGGCGCAUAGACCUGGCAAGGACCAAGAUAUGGCGGGGGCUGUGCUGUUCGUGGCUACGAAUCAAUACUUGAACGGUCAGACUGUGGCUGUUGAUGGAGGAUACAUUUUGCAUGCAGGUGCUUAG